AUGCUCGGAACGAUCGCCUCGGGAAACCACGAAGGACGGAGAAUCCUGAUGUUUGAUAUACCUUACCCCCGUCCACAAAAGUGGUCGUGCAACCCGCAAAUCAAGGAGUGGCUGAACAAAUGCUACGGAAAAGGCCUGACAACGCAACAAUUCAAAGUUCUAUGGGUUCAUGACAACUUUCUCGCCCCACAGAGAACCGAUGCCUUCUUCAGAUAUCUCUUUCCCAACCCAAACCCCCCCAAAGCGGUAUCCCUCACCAGUGGAUGGCCUCGAAUAUACAAGGGUUCACAACAUAAUAGGGAUAUGGAGAUCACUAUCGACUUCCAUAAGACGCAAUUCAUGAAGUAUGGGUUGGGGACUCUGGUCAACGAGGGGUGGAAUAUAAUGUCCUACAACCCUUAUACAUCUUUCAGGGCAUGGCAGGUUAUCGAGUUUCUUUGA